AUGUCUGCUUCUUGGACCUCCGCACUCUUCUCCCCCAUCCGCGUAGGCAACAUCAACUUGCAGCACCGCGUCGUCCUUGCCCCACUCACCCGUAUACGUGCACACGCAGAUCACGUCCCAACCCCACAAGCACCAGCGUACUACUCUCAGAGAGGGUCUACCCCUGGCACUCUUCUUAUCACAGAGGGCACGUUCAUAUCUCAGAGGGCUGGUGGUUAUGAUAAUGUCCCUGGGAUAUACACCGAUGCCCAUGUGGAGGGAUGGAAAAAGGUGACAGAAGCCGUCCAUGAGAAGGGCUCUUUCAUUUUCCUACAACUUUGGGCGCUCGGCCGCACCGCAGACACAGCUGUUCUUGCUAAGGAAGACAAUAGUCCCCUCGUCAGUGCCUCACCCAUCCCCCUCUCGGGAAAAACAGACGUGCCACGCGCGCUCACCACGGAUGAAAUUAAAGAAUACGUUGCCACGUAUAGCACUGCGGCAAAGAAUGCCAUUCGGGCUGGUUUCGAUGGCGUUGAAAUUCAUGGCGCAAAUGGCUACUUGAUCGACCAGUUCAUACAGGACGUCAGCAACCAACGCACAGAUGAAUAUGGCGGAAGCAUCGAGAAUCGCGCAAGAUUUGCACUCGAAGUAACGGAUGCCAUCGUGGAGGCCAUUGGUGCUGAGAGGACGGGGUUCCGAAUGAGCCCGUGGGGCGUAUUCAGCAGUAUGGGCAUGGCAGACCCCAAACCCCAGUUCUCCUACGUGGUUGAGCAGCUGCGCAAACACAAACUCGCAUACAUCCACGUCGUAGAGCCGAUGCCUGCCGAAGUCACUGCUGAGAAAAACAGCGAUUUCCUCCGUGAUAUUUGGCAAGGGGUUGAGGGCAGUACUUUCAUCAGCACAAACGGGUAUACCCGGGAUACCGCAAUUGAGACGGUAGACAAGAAAGGCGGCCUCAUUGGAUUCGGGAGGUUGUUCAUGCCGAACCCCGAUCUUCCAUUCCGUCUGCGAAAGGGCAUCGCGCUUGAGCGGGGUGACCAAGCGACAUGGUACAUGGGCGGUAAUCUCACACCGGCAGGUUAUUCGGAUUGGCCCUUUGCGCCAGAGAAUGAUCAGCAAUAG